AUGCUUAGAGCCCUAACUCGCCGUCAAUUUUCCUCCACUGCCUUCAACCCAUACAAGGUCACCGUUCUAGGUGCUGGUGGUGGUAUUGGUCAACCAUUGUCGUUGUUGUUGAAGCUAAACCACAAGGUCACUGACUUGAGACUAUACGACUUGAAGGGUGCUAAGGGUGUCGCUGCUGACUUGUCUCACAUCCCAACCAACUCUACCGUUACUGGUUACACUCCAGAAUCCAAGGACUCUCAAGAAGAAUUGGCUGCUGCUUUGAAGGACACUGAGGUUGUUUUGAUCCCAGCUGGUGUGCCAAGAAAGCCAGGUAUGACCCGUGACGAUUUGUUCGCCAUCAAUGCCGGUAUUGUCAGAGAUUUGGCCACUUCCAUCGCCAAGAACGCUCCAAACGCCGCCAUCUUGGUCAUCUCCAACCCAGUCAACUCUACUGUCCCAAUCGUCGCCGAGGUCUUGAAGCAAAACGGCGUCUACAACCCAAAGAAGUUGUUCGGUGUCACCACUUUGGACGUUAUCCGUGCCUCCAGAUUCAUCUCCGAGGUUAGAGGUACCGACCCAACCACUGAGCACGUGACCGUCGUCGGUGGUCACUCCGGUAUCACCAUCUUGCCGCUAGUGUCCCAGACCAAGCACAAGUCCGUCAUCAAGGGCGAGGAAUUGGACAACUUGAUCCACAGAAUCCAAUUCGGUGGUGACGAAGUCGUCCAGGCAAAGAACGGUGCUGGUUCUGCCACUUUGUCCAUGGCCCAAGCCGGUGCUCGUUUCGCUAACAGCGUUCUAAGCGGUUUCGAAGGUGAAAGAGACGUCAUUGAGCCAACUUUCGUCGACUCCCCAUUGUUCAAGGACGAAGGUAUCGAAUUCUUCGCUUCCCCAGUCACUUUGGGCCCAGAAGGUGUCGAAAAGAUCCACGGUUUGGGUGUCUUGUCCGACAAGGAAGAACAAAUGUUGGCCACUUGUAAGGAAACCUUGAAGAAGAACAUCGAAAAGGGUCAAAACUUUGUCAAGCAAAACUAA